GCGCCGCGCUGCUGUGCCUGCAGCACCUCGGGGUGGCCGCCGCGCCUGUCGCCGCGGCAGAGGCCGCCGCGCUGCUGUGCCUGCAGCGCGUCGGGGUGGCCGCCGCGCCGGCCGCGCCGGCCGCAGCGGUGGAGGCCGCGGGGGCGCCCCCGCGGGAGCCGCUUGGCGGCGCGAGCGCCCCGGGCCCUGGGCUGGCAGGGCCUCUGGGGGAGCCAGGCAUCCCCCCGGACGACUCGCGCAACGUGCCCUCGGACGAGUGGCCAGGCCCCGAUGCGCUGGCCAGCCAGGGCAUGUGGGCCGCCGGGCAGCAGCCGCAGAACCUGGCCAGCUGGCCCCACGGUGGGGAUGGCAGCCUGGGCGGGUGCUGGAAGACCUCCGUGCUCCUGGACACGCAGCGGGAUUGGCCUGGGCAG